AUGGUCAUUAAUGAAACUCAGCUUGAGAAGAGGAGACGCCAAAAUCGGGAUUCGCAACGGCGGUUCACUGCAGGAGAAAGAAACAAGACAAGGCGUUCAAAUUCGUGGGGCAAUCCGAACAGCAGCCACGGGCAACAACUUGCAGCUCUCGAUGAUCUGGCAGCGUCGCUGGGCUCAGAUACCGGCCAUUUAGCAUCGGAGCACCCCAACACGUAUAUCUCGAGUGAAUACCAGAACCUUAUUUCGCUUAAAGAGUGCCCGGAAGGAUAUAACGACUGGUCGAGCAAUAAGGCGCAGUCUACCCCGCGCGAGGAGGUGCUGUACCGUCAUGGAGCCCAAAGCAAUGGUUCCAAUCCUUUACCGGGAGGACAGAUGAGCCUGCCUCCUCUUAAUGAGCAGUUCCCACUGCAUUGCAUUUCCAUAAGCGGCGAAAACACAAACACAGCUCGCCAGCAAGAGCAGCAGCAGCAGCACGACUUCGGACAUACAAGUGCAGGCAGGAAAGAUGGGAUGGUUUCCCCUGUUUCACUGCUUGGUGCGGAUCCACGCUUGGGCCCAGAGAUUUCGAAGCCAAACCGGCCUAAGGAAUUCCUCCUAUCACACCCUGGACAUACGGUGAGGAGAAGGCGUGGGUCCAGGGCGGAGCAAAUGAUAUCGGAUGUAGAAAAGCUCUACGAGUUUGGCAUCAGUCUUUCGCUGUUUCCGGAGGACCCGUUACUGCGGAGUUCAUUGCGGAGAAUGAAGGAGCGGUUUCAGAGCCUGGCGGUGUUGGGGGAUGUCUCUUCUGGUGAGACGGAUCUGUACGACGGGGAUUCUGCAGAUAGAAAUAGCGAUGAAGAGCAAGAAUAUGGUGAAUGA